CGGUUUCACACCAACUUUAAGAGGAGUUUCUCUUGUCUGUAUCUGUGUAUUUGCUUGUCCAUGUGUCUGGGGGCGAAGAAUAAUAAAUGGUCCAGCUCCGUAUGUUUUGAGGGUUUUUGAGUUCUUCUGUAAGCUGGGUUGGGCUUGCAACUUUUGCAAGCUGUUGCAAAGUCUAGGACAAAAGCUUCCAUCUGUUGUUAGAAACAGGACACUUAAAUUUUGAGGUUUUCCCCUCUUGUUUUCCGGGCUAAUUUGGCCUAUCGAUCGGGGCAACUGUGGCGGAUUGCUUUUGACUAGAGGAUAAAAAUGGGACCGUGGUUUUCCCAAUAUUGGAGGUCUUAAUAAAGGAGGGUUGUGGUUUUUAUGAGUGGAGAUCUUUGGAGGCUCUGGAUUGGUUGACCAUUCGCAGCUGUUUGGGAAGCUCCAUGUGAGAUCUGCUCUGGCAAACAGAAAAGACCCCCUUUUACUUGCAGCUAGAGAUGCCUUGUUGUUCAUUCUGAGGAAAAUGGGAGCUUGUUGUUCAACCAGCACUAGGAGUACUUGUAGCAGCAGGAACAAUGGAGAAAAAGGCCCAUCACCUCGCCUGGGGAUCAGGUUUUGUGGGCAGAAGAGAACCAAGAAGACAGUUUCUGAUCAUACAAUGACACUGCAGCAUUUGGCCUCCAUACCUAACAGGAUCUUUGCCAAUGGAAAGAGCAGAAGUUCAUGUAUCUUCACACAGCAAGGCCGCAAGGGCAUAAAUCAGGAUGCCAUGAUUGUGUGGGAGGAUUUCUUGCCAGAAGAUGUGACUUUUUGUGGAGUUUUUGAUGGCCAUGGACCACACGGCCAUCUUGUUGCCAGGAAAGUGAGGGAUACCUUGCCUGGAAAAUUGAUGUCUUUCUUGGACACUAAUCAGCCCAAGCAAGAUGGGUCUGGUCAAAUAUGCUGUAAUGGAAAUUCUAAGAGGUUAGAAGAUGGAGGAGACCUGGAUAAAGAUGGAUCAACCGAGGAAAAAUUGGAUUCUUUGUGGAGAGAAGCAUUUAUGAAGUCUUAUAAAGCCAUGGAUAAAGAGCUCAAAUCCCAUCCCAACUUGGACUGUUUUUGUAGUGGGAGUACUGCAGUAACCAUAGUGAAACAGGGCUCUAAUCUGUUUAUGGGGUAUAUUGGGGAUUCUCGUGCGAUCAUGGGUUCCAAAGACAGCAACGACUCCAUGGUGGCUAUCCAGUUAACUGUUGACCUAAAGCCUGAUUUGCCAAGCUUUUCUCUGACUUGUUCAUGCGAACAAAACCAAGAAUUUGAUUUCAAAUCUAUGAAAACAGGAGAGGCUGAGCGGAUUAAGCGGUGUAAAGGUAGGGUCUUUGCUUUACAAGAUGAGCCUGAAGUUUCAAGAGUUUGGUUACCAUUUGAUGAUGCCCCUGGCCUAGCAAUGGCCCGUGCAUUCGGAGAUUUUUGUUUGAAGGAGUAUGGAGUAAUAUCCAUACCAGAAUUCUCUCACCGUCUGCUGACUGAGAGAGAUCAGUUCAUUGUUCUUGCUUCCGAUGGGGUGUGGGAUGUUUUGAGCAACGAAGAGGUGGUGGACAUUGUGUCCUCAGCUCCAGCUCGGUCGUCAGCUGCGAGAUUAGUGGUGGACUCAGCUGCUCGGGAAUGGAAGCUCAAAUACCCGACUUCCAAGAUGGACGACUGUGCAGUGGUGUGUUUGUUUCUCGAUGGGAAAAUGGAUUCGGAAUCGGACUGUGAGGAACAAGGGUUUUCAUCUGCAACCCUACAAAGCAAUCACUCUGGUAAUGCAGCUGAAUCAGAUGAUGGGGGGCAGCAGAAGUCCGAGCCAUGCCUUCAACGGAACUUCACAGUGAGGUCCUCGGAGGAAAACGAGGCGUACGGAAGACCAGCAGGGGGUGAUGGGACGACGAUAGGUGCCGCCGAGGAUGAAGGUUGGUCAGGGUUGGAAGGCGUGACGCGAGUGAACUCACUUGUCCAGCUCCCGAGAUUCUCAGACGAAAGACCAAGCACUUAGAAAUCAUUGUUUCACCCCCAGUGUUGACUUUCAAUUCGGAGGAGUGACUGUCUGAAGCUGACUCAUUGUUUGGGUUAGAUUCUUAUGUUAAGAUUCUAGUGGUGCUUUCUGGCAAUGCCAGAAGUUUGUGCAGGUCAACUUUGUUGCUACUGCUGCUGCAGCUACCUGUUUGUUUGUUUGUAGCUGUCACAAAGGGUUGCGUUGUAGUGGAAUGGGGGAUACUUUGUGUCAAUGGAUUGAACUUGAAGCAAUACAUUUUGUGUGUAUGAUAUUAUGAAUUUGUAUCUGAAAGUUGACUGGUGGAAUCGUGGAUGAAAUGUUCACCUCAAAAGUAGUUAAGAUGCUGCUUUCAGGGGUUUCGUUUUAUAAUCAACUGAAAUGAUCAUAUCACC